AAGCACGACGGCAUCCAGCCUAGACCGACGGACGCUGACGGUGUUGUCGGGAACCAUCACUACGUCUACGGCUGCGAGGGUGACCAUAUCGUGCGCACAGAUCAUCAUCAUCAUCGUGCUGAAUCGACACGCUGGCCUACCCCCUAUUAGCUGGCCUGUUCCGCAUCCGCAUCUAAAUCGGAAUUCGGUUUUGCUUUUUCCAUUUUUUUUUUCUGAGAAAUUCUUACAAAUUCCACUGUUUUGCAGUGGCCAACGUUUCCGGUACUCCGGGGUUUUCAAGCGGGGUUUGUUACGCGUCUUGUUGGCCAAAAACGGUGGCUCGCGGUAUUUCGCGGUGUUUCGCGUCAAAGUUCAACGGUCGGUUUGGUUCGCUCGUUUGGUCAGUAACGUCCGGUCCACAGACAUCGCCGUACACACAUCGUAUGGAGGAAGUCCAUCCAUCGUCUGUGAAACGGUGUUCCAAGUGUACCGAGUGUCCAAAUGUGGUAAAAUAAACACCGAAAGUUAAGUAAGAGAAAAAAAUAAGCGUGAGAAUUGAAAAGCUCGACCUCCUAACUUAAGGCUCAAAGCACCAUCGAGCAGAAAUAGGUCAUUCGGGGGGAUUUUUUGUUUCGCAAGUGGCCAUCCUCUCGUAUGCCUAGGGAAGUUAAAUGAUCUUCAAAAUCCAUGGAUUAGCAUGUUUGAAAGUUUAUACAGCUCGUUUGGAGAUAAAUAGGUAGCAAAAAAAAAAGGUUGCGUGUACUUUAGUGUUCCCGUGCUUGGUGUGAGGGGAAGUUUAUAUUGCGUGCAGUGAGGCUAGAAUGCCCCGAACCAGCAGAACUUGACAGAAUUGGGAGUGUAGCAGCAAUAAGUGAACGUGUUAGGAUAUCAACUCGACUGGAAAAAGGGAAGACCCAUCUCCCUCUGAAUCUGAAUCCGUGCAAAACAAGGAUUGCAGUUCCAAUUACCUUCGCCGUGUGAACCUUUGGGGCGUAGAAAAGAAUUUAAAUAUUGGUGUGUUUUUCAGUUACUCAACUCAUCGUGCUUUUGUAUGUGUUGUAUAGUGUCGGCUCUACGGUGGGUUAAAGAUGAACGUCAAUAGAUCGGUUUCGGUGCGAAGUCCGUGGCUCGAUCGUAGCGAGCCUCAGUGUUGCCGUGUAAAACCAUUACCAGCUGGUCAGCUUGUUGUACCCCAGUAGCUAGCCAACAGGGUUAAGCGUUCUACACCCCCCCCAAGGGGGUUGUUACCCUCACCGAUCUUCCGUUGAUUCGGGUGCAUUUUGGGAUCGGUUUUUGCAGAAAGAGAAGCAAAAAAAAACGAACUCUCAUUUUUGGUCCUCAUCAGAUGUAACCGUGCGUACUUUGUUGGUCGGUGGUCGGUGCAUGAGAGAUAAAGUGCCCUUGCUAAUCGCCCCGAUGGAGCUCGGUGGCGAAGUGUUUACGAUGGGGCUGGCCCUCAAGCUGCAGAAGGUGCCGCCGGGAUCGAUGGUCGAUUUCACCGAGUUCCGCCGGGAAAAUUCCAACACUGCCACCUUCGCCAGCGACUGGGACAGUUUUCAGGGUCCGGAUGUUGCGGGCAACAAUACGGCCGGUCCGUUCGAGGAGUACGAACUGUUCUACCGGCACUCCUACACGAUGACCGCGGUCUACUGUGUCGCGUACUUUAUCGUUUUCAUCGUUGGGCUGGUCGGCAAUAGUUUCGUGAUCGCGGUCGUGUUUCGGGCACCGCGUAUGCGAACGGUAACAAACUUCUUCAUCGUGAAUCUGGCACUGGCGGACGUGCUGGUGAUAGUGUUCUGUCUCCCCGCCACACUGAUGAGCAACAUUUUUGUGCCGUGGAUGCUCGGCUGGUUGAUGUGCAAAACCGUACCAUACAUACAGGGCGUAUCCGUGGCAGCAUCCGUCUACAGUUUGAUAGCCGUUUCGCUCGACCGAUUCCUUGCCAUCUGGUGGCCAUUGAAGCUGCAGAUCACAAAACGUCGGGCACGGUUUAUGAUCGUCUGUAUUUGGAUCAUUGCGCUCAGUUCGACCGUACCGUGGGCCCUAUUUUUCGAGCUCGUGCCCAUCAUACCGGAAGCGCCCGACAUUAAACUGUGCGUCGAAGUGUGGCCUCCGGGGACGGAUGGUGCGCUCUACUUUCUGUUAGCGAAUCUUGUUGCCUGUUAUCUGUUGCCGAUGACGCUUAUCACCAUCUGUUACAUACUGAUCUGGAUCAAGGUCUGGCGCCGUUCGAUUCCGGGCGAUUCGAAGGAUGCCCAGAUGGACCGGAUGCAGCAAAAGUCCAAAAUCAAAGUUGUUAAAAUGCUUGUUGUAGUUGUUAUACUGUUCGUUCUUUCCUGGUUACCUCUGUAUGUUAUCUUCGCCCGCAUUAAGCUGGGCGGGGCGCUAGAAAGCAGCGAAGAAGAGUUGCUACAGAUCGCUACACCGAUUGCCCAGUGGCUUGGUGCAUCCAACUCGUGCAUCAAUCCGAUCCUGUACGCGUUCUUCAACAAAAAGUACCGGAAAGGUUUUGCGGCAAUCAUACGUUCGCGCAAGUGUUGCGGACGGCUACGGUACUAUGAGACGGUUGCGAUUGCUUCCUCCUCGACCAGCACUCGUAAGUCCUCGCACUAUCACAACAGUACGAAACGGGCCGGUGGUAGUCCAUCGGUCAAGUCGGCUGAUGUGGUUUCGUACAUCUACGAGGAGAAAGGUGGCCGCAAACAUCAUGCCAUCUCGAAGCAGAACAGUGAUCUGUCGCGGCACAUGCUUCUGAAACAGGACAGCAGCAUUUCGCGACAGUCACUACUCCUGAAGCAGGAUAGUGUUGCGUCACGAUCGGCGAUCCUGUACCGGCAGGAUAGUGACAAUUCGCGGCAGAUGCUCCUGAAACAGGAUAGCAACAGCUCACGGGACAUGCUGUCCAAGCAGUGCUCCGCAUCGGAUUCAAUAUCGCGCCAAGACUCGCAAAUCUCGUACAUCGAUCCACCGCGCAAGGGUAUCCUGUGCAAGCAGGACACCCAGAUCUCGUACAUCGAGCAUACCGGACCGGGUGGUAUGUUGGCCAGCAAUGGUGGUGGUGGUGGUACACCCGCCAGCAAGAAGUACUCGGCUUCGCUCUCCUCCCAGGACAGCGUACUGUCCAUUAUUGAGCACAAGCGCCACAAGCUGGUGAAGCAGGAUUCGAUCUUUUCCUUCAACGAGCCGAAAUCAGUGUACGAAAGUGCCACACCGGCACCGUUCAAGCGGCACCAGCUCGUCAAGCAACACUCCGUCAUAUCGUUCGCGGAUCAGAAGCGAGGCGGCAGCCUAACCAAGCAGGACUCCGUCACGACCAUCCACCGGGCGGGCAAUGGCGAAGGUCCGUACAUUUCCUCCAUCCUGAAGAAGACCGAUUCGCAGUGCAGUUCUGCAUCACCGGUACGCAAGAAUAUUGGAUUUUUCGACGGCUAAAAGCAAACGUUUCGAACGCAUCGAACGAAACGGAGCGAAAAUGAAACUUUUUGUAGUGACGUUAAACGGAAGUUUCGGACAGUACGGAACUUCUGGAUUUUUGAUCGACUGUCAAUAACAGUAAUCCUCCUUUUCUUCACCUGUCCUUACCUUACACCUACCGUAGCCAUUCCCUUCAACCCUUACCUUGUUAGAGGUGGUUUUUUGAAACUGACCGUGGACCAUCGGCAUAUCGAUUCUUCUGCCGCGUUUGACUUCAGCCAAAUUUUCAUACAAGCAAUGGUACAAACCUUGCCAGCGUACUGUUGAAAUGGGAGAAAAAGAGGGUAUAUCCAGGAUGGUAGGAAUUUAUUCGCUAGAGACAACAGUCUCUUCAGCAUCAGUUUUAUCAAUUUGAUCAAUUGAUUUACAGAUUUGAUUUGAUCAAUGAUCUACAGUCCAACAAGUUGGUUGAUCUACAGUAAAAUCCCUUAAUGAUCUACUUGAACAUCGUCCAAAAACACCUUGGGAGGGUUGGUGGACUUCGGCAAAACGUUCACCCUUUGCCUGCUCUCUUCUUGGUUGUUGAUUCUAAUUACUUCUGAAUGAGGACUCGUACUCUUAAGACUUCAAUUUAUAAAAGAGAUCUUGAUACCUUCUUAAUUUCCUUAUUUAGCCCUGAAGUUAGGAACAUUUAUUGCUGUAACAUGGAGGACGUAAAGUAUCAGGGGAUUAUAUGAUUUGUUGUCAUCGCGAGUUAAGUAGAUCUUCAAGAUAUCCUUCAAGAUCAUGACGCCAUACUUCUAUCUUUCAAUUAAAACGCCCAAUUUCUAUCAACUCCUUUAGUAGCUCCUUUUGGUAGAUUCCUUGCAGCUCUUAUGUGGUCAGUCAUGGACACUUGUUCAGGACACUUGCCUGGUAGCUUCGAUCUUUCGAAGGAUGAGAAGGUGGUCUCACUAUCACGUGGCAAGGAACUUAUAUAAAAAGAUUCAGUUUUCAGCUUGUUUUUUGCUCUUGUCUCAACCACCCACCCAACUUACACAUUCGACGCUCCCCAAUCAACGAAAGUAGGUCAACAUUACUGGCAGGACACCAUUUGCUCCUCAAUCCAUCAUUCAAAGUGUCCUUAACGCAUUUACCCAUGUUCGAUCGUCCUGAAUCCUGACGAGGCUGCAUAUCACUAGCCUUCAUACAUUCAACUACGUUUAAUUCCCACCUCCUCUACCCAUUGAAACUUCCAACAAAACAACAAAAGAAAAAACACUAUCUCCGCAACUACGAAAGCCAAUCUGUUUGUCAAACCAACACGAUGGCAUAACAAAACAAAAGCUUAUUCAAAAUGUUACCUUUACCGUGAAGGGUCUCAAUCUAAUGGUGCUGUCUGUGGCCGAGAAUAAGAAAUUAUGGCUGCAUAGAGCUUGCAACAAAACAAACAAAACAAACACAUAAACAUGCAAACAAAACAAAACGUAUCACUAUUUUGCAAACUUAUUUAGCAGCAAAGAUGAGAACAAAUUUUAAUAAACCUUGACAAGAAGUGACCACUCACAGUGGCCAUUUGCAUAGAGAAAACAAAAAAAAUGCAAACUAAACAUAGUCAUUAUAUACAUAUAUCAGAAUAUAUUAUAUACCUAUCAAAUUGUCAAAGUCAAACAAAAAAAACCUAAAACUAAUGAAGAGGCAAUAAAAAAAAGUGGACAAACGCAUUAAUAACGAUUACGAUGGCUGUUUUACUGACGAACAAGAAGAAGAAGAAGAAGAAGAAGCAGAAGAAGAAAAAACUUAAAACGUUAUUUCCAGAUUUAAAAACAAAAAACACUGAACUAAUUUAUGCAGUUAUUAAGCAAAGGCAUAAUCGAUACAUAAACAUAUUGGAAUGUAUUUUAUAAGAGUGCAAAAUGGAAUUAGACAUCUGUACCAUGUUGUGUCGGGUUCACGCUAAUCGUCACACAUUAUUAACCAUAAAAUGGUGUUAAGCAAAAACAAAACAAGAAAAAAACAGAAGAACAAAUAAAAUCAUCACGAGACACAACUCGAAACGAUCCUGCUAUAUGUACGAUAAAAGAUAACAGUUUAAAUUUAAAAUAAUCAUUCAUGCGUAAAUACAUACAAAUACGUGACAAACAUAAACAAAAAAAAGAAUAACAGAAAACAAAACCAACUCCCAACCUAAUGGACCAGUGUUAAAAUGAACUAACCAAAACAAAACAAAACAAAACAAAAAAACAAGAAACAAAACUGUACCGAGCUGUGCUGUGGUGGCAGUGUUUUCUCAUUUCAGGCCCAUCGUGCAUAUUGAAUUCUAUCUGUAACAAAAUCCCCACAUUCAAAACCGCAGUUGGAUAAAGUACUGCUAAAGUCUAACUUGCCCCAAAAGCUGGCAGGAAGUUUGAAAUUUGAAUGGUUGCCUAACGCAACUCCAACCCGUUAAAAGGUGAAAAUGGUGAACGAAGAAGAAUUGUCCACCAAGAAGGCACCAAUAGAGCAGCGGAUAAGGCUGGCAGGACAAAGUGGAACACACCCAUACUAUCACAUAUAUUUUUGUAUGCAAUCUUAGCACUAAGCAGCGCAGAAAUGCAAAAGUGCAUGGUUUGAAUUUGGUGAUUGCUUCAAAGCAAAACAGUUGCUUUGAGGAUAAAGCAAACUAAUCAACAAAAGCAAAAAAAAACGGACAACAUAAAUAAAUAGCAUAACAGUAUCAGUAUAGAAGAACAAGCGAAGACGGUUCUAUAAAAUGUCUUGUAAACCUGAGUCAAAACUGGCAGCGCCUAUCAAGUGAGGAUCAGUAAUAGGAACAGCAUCAUUACUAAGGCAUGCAUAUAGUUUAAUUAAUCGCGGCACGGCAUGCAGGAUUGUAAGUCUUGCUGUUUAGCAUAAUUAACCAGUAAGAAACGUAAGGUUUGCAACGAUUGUGUAGUUUAGUGGUAUUGUUUUGUUUUUUCUGCUGAAAACUUUCGUUUCAUUUCGUUUCCAUUCUAACCGUUAGUGUGAGCAAAAAUUGAUACACAAAUGUACGAGCAACUCAUAAUUGUGAUAAGCGAUAGACCAUUAACGUUACUCAAAAAAGGAGAACAGAACAGAAAGGAGAAUCGUUGUACUGAAGAAAAAAUCAACAACCAAACGCGGGAUAAACGCGGAAAACGUUGUAAAAGGGGUCAGAAAAAGGCAUUUUAAUUCAUCCCAUUCCCAAGCUAAGCUGAAUGGAAAGCAAAUGCUGCCAUUUUGCAGUUUGGUGUUUGGAGAGUCUGUAUGUAUGUGUGUGAGUGUGUGUGUGUGUGAGAGAGCAAUACGAGUAAACUACAAGUUUUAUACGGAAAAAAAUCAUACUAAAGUAAGCUAAUAUAUACCCUUGCAUAAGGUAAAUAGGAAAUAAAAAAACGUAAAAUAAUCUACAUUUACAGUAACAAACUAAACCGUCAACGACCGUACUUGUGGCCAUGUGGCCACAAACGAACGGUUUUGUAAGUGCUAUCGUACCAGAACGUGGUUUUGUGCCAGAUCGCAAACCACAUAACCAAAAACCAAAUCGUAUAAAAACCCUUUAAAAAUUGUCCAUUGUGUGUAUGUGUGUGUCUGUACAGCGGUAAGAUGGAAAUAAUACAGGUUUUUAGCAUUUAUACCGAACACAUAAAAACAUAAGAAACACUUUGCAUUAAUGUUAGUGCGCUUAACAAAUGUUUAUGUUUGAUUUAAAUGUCGCAUACAUUUGCAAUGUUUAGUGGAUAUUAGCCCCCCUAAUACAUUAUCGCAAGCACACACUUUAAUUGUAGUUGAGAUUAAAAUGUGCAAAAGCAAAUGUGUUGUUUUCUUCUGUUAAUUCAUGAGAAUUGUACAGUUGUCCUCACAUUUGAAUGAAUUUUAAAUAAACAAAUCCACUCAUUCCCGGGUGGUGGGUGGUUGGUCCGAGGUUAUGGGCAUGUUUGUUAGAGAAAAACAGAACUCGACAUGACACAUAAACCACAAGUUGUCAAUAAAAAUGGCUGCCAAGUACGAUGCAAAUACAUACAAAAAUGCACUCACCCGUUGUUGCACUUUAUCACUCGCACAAUGCUCAUCUUGUGCAAUGCAAUUGCAUUCAGAAAGGAAAAAUGUGAAACCAAUUUCUAAACUUUCAAAAUUCAAAAUCGUUACUUCAUCACUUAACUCAUCAUACAAAGGAAAACCAAUUUAAUGCUACUACUGGACUCUCUCUGUUUUUUCAAAUGGCUCAUGAACAUAGUUUUGAACAACAUCCGCCUAUUGUUGCAAUUUACGCAAAACGAUUUAGGAAUGCUUCCAAUACACGUACAUUGUGUGCUGUAUUUAACAGCAAAACUAAAGCAAAAGCAAAGCAAUAUCAAACCGUUUAUUAAUGGGAACAGUAGAACUGCAUCCCGAGCUUUGUGGUUUGUGAUUGGGAUGAUAAUUUUAAGCUUUCGAAUAAGCAAAAUAACGUUACGAAAACAAAAUAAAAAAAUACAAUAAGUAAAAUUUGUUCUUGUAAAUGAAACAUACUUGUGGAGAACGAAAGCGAAUUUCCUGCUAUUAUGCGGACGUGCCCUUGGACACGGAUUUUUUUGGGAGACCACACGAUUUUUGACACUGCCCGUUGUCAUGUUGUCAUCAUCAGAAUUUAGCCAAAAAAAAAAACACACACAAUAAUGAAGAAAAUCAUGCAUCGAAACCAGCACGACAGAAUUGUUUUUCAUUGUAACGCUUGUUCAAGACUAAGGCGUUAUAAGGCGUUAGCCGUUUUUGGCGCAAAACGUUCAAUGACGGGGUUCGUCGCUUGUGAAGUCUUUCGUUUUUAAAUGAACGCUUUGUUUAUUUUUGUUUUCCGCAUCUUCUGGAUGAAUUUUUUUCAUUAUUCCACUGCGUAGAGUGUGUUGAAUAGAAGCAAAACAAAAGUAAAACAUUUUUUUUUAGAAAAAAUAAUAAUAACAACCUUACGGUUGCAGUUUAAAAGGCGGUAAACGCGCGCUUACGAUAUAAAUAAUUCACAGCCACCAAAAAUGGUUGUACCAAGUACUGAUACAAUUAAAAGCAAUGAAGUUUAAACAAUAGUCGUUUAAAAAGAUAUUGCUAAUUGUUUAUUCCAUACAAAUUCUUAUCGCAUCUUCUAUGACGCUGCUAACGCAAAUUUCGUGCAAAAAAUUCCUCACAAUGGAUAUAAUGUAAGCGAGGAAAGAACAAACAUUUUUCACAUCCUCUAAGCUUUCUCUUUCUCUCUCUUUUUCUGAUGCUCUUUGUUCUUGAGCAAUAAUGCUGACGACAGUAUAUUAUAAUAAAAGAAGAAAAAGCAAUACACUGCUUGCCGUGGGCUUUUCGGUUAAAGCACUGAGAGUGAAUCGUUCGGUAUCGAACAAUAAAUGCGCUCGCUUUUACCAUGAUCCGACACCACGAGGCAGGUGCAAAUACAUUAAUGGUUUUCUUGGUCCAACUUGUACCAUGUAAAGUGUCUCAUUUUACACGAGCCCAGCAUCGACUGGAUGGUGUUUGAAAGCAAAUGCAAAAAUUGAAUUAAAGUUAAAUAAAAAAAAAACAACGCACACAACACAACGCGAACGCAAAACCGUACGGAACCGCAAUUUGAGUGAAAGUUAGUGUUAGCUUUAAUUAGGAACCAAAUUUCUGCACCACAGACCGUCGUCUGGUGUUAAAUCGAAUCAUAAUCGAUCUAUGUUGGUGCUGCCGAACUGAAAAUGCACAUAGAAUAACUAAUUAGGAAAAAUGAGCUAAGGGUAGCGUAUGGUAACGAUCGCGAGUGUAAGAGAACAAUGAAUGGUGUAUAAUGAAUUUUUCGCACAAACGAUAUCGUAUGAAAUUUGCAAAUAGAAAACAAAACAAAGAAAUAACGUUCAAAUUGAACUAAUAUACUAAAAUACUGGCGAAGAGAUGUACCAAUGUUCCGCGAUCCGUGUUUAUGAUUGAAUGUACCACAUACGCUUAAAGUAACGGUGUAGAACAUAAACCCACUGCUAUCCAUCACAGCUUACGAAACACGAAGCAAAGAAAUACGAAAAAUAUGAAAAGUUCGCUAAAUACAAACGCUACAUACAACCCAUCACCACUCCGCUCCACCCGUUGUUGAUACACUCACUGUUUUAAACGUACAAUGUGACAACACAUGCAAAUGAAUGAAAAUCAUACUCUAAAGUGUAGCUACAACAACAAAACGAAAAAACAUAAAAACAAAAACGAGAAAAAAAAAACAAAACUAUAAACAACAAAAUGGAAACACAAAUAGGAACAGUACGGGAAAUGGUAGGUAGGACUGCAAUCGCGAACGGUUCGACACAACCCUGCUGCCGUUGUAGGAUGGAACAAAAAAACUGAAGAUAGAAAAAGAAGGCGUUGAAUAGAGGAGCAUACAGAGGGUAUGAUGUCAACCGAUCUCGAUCCGAUUGCAGACACUACACGCUAUAGUUGAGAGGGCAGCAAUGUUCUGUUGCAUCACCACUCAAUUCUAGGGCACUGAUGGGUGCAGAAAUCAUCCAAAGCCAAAAAACAGGAGUAGUCGCAGUAGUCCGUCAAGAUAUCAAAAAAACUAUCCAAACCUCAGCAAUCGGUGAACCAACAAAUGGGUGUACACGUUGCUAGAAUGCAAAGUAGCAGACUGCUUUGUUUAAUUUUUUUUAUUUUUUGUUGUCUAUAAAUCUUUAUUCAAUGUUAAAGUAGCAUAAUGUGAAACUGUUGCUGUUUGCUUUUAUGUUCUUAACAACAACAAAAAAACAACUAGGUAUUUCCGUUGCAUAGAGUUCGAUGUAUGUGUGUUUGUGUGUAUGUAUGUAUGUGUGAAUGUAUACAGCAGAGAGAGAGGGAACUAAUUUCUAUUUACAUUACUAUUUUAAUGCAAAAAAAGGAAACAAAACACGCAUCGGUACAGUUAAAUGUGUAAGAAAAUAAUUAGCAAAUACCCAUACCCAUACCGAUCAUCAUCACCUACACCGCCCCAGUGCAAUAGUUCGCUGCGGUGACAUUACAAUAAAUGAGGCGCGGUAAUAGAAAAUGUGGAAUGUGGGGAAAAGGGAAAACAAAAAGGGGAAUACCGUUAUAUUAUACAAAUGAUCACCACUGUACAAAUAAGUUAGAAACAAAAAACUAUCUGCCGAUGGGAAAAGUGUACAAACGUGUGCACUUUUUUUCUGUAGCAGUUGAGAGGCCGAAAAUACCGAAGCAAAUAGUAGUAGUAAUAGUCAAAGUAGUUGUGACUUCAUAGUUGUAGUAGCUGUAGUUGUAGUCAUACGGAACGGAUAGUGUUGUGUCAGGCUUGUGUCACGAUCACAACCAAAGCGGUGUACACAAAACGAUAAGUAUUGUAUACUAAUUAAUCCAUAAUGCCGAAACCAAACCAACCCAAGUUAAUGUAUGUACGUUUGUGUGUGCGUGUGUUCAUGUUCCCUUCUCCACUUCCUCGUUUCCCUUCCCCCUCCCCCGCUCCGGGUAUAAGUAUUGUGUCCGACGAUGUGUAAUGAUGUUAUAUAAUGUAAUGCCCAUUGUUACAAAACCCAAUUCCCAGGUUCCUAAAACAAACAAAACAAAUUUCUUUAAAUGCCUUCUUAGCGUAAUCCCACCGGCAUAAGGGCAAAGAUAAUUUACUUAACAAUAUGCAUGUCUGUCCUGUGUGAAUGUGAGUGAGUGAGAAAGAGGAUAUCUAUACGUAUGUAUGUGUGUGUAUGUAUGUGUGCAAUCCAUGUGUUGUGUGGUGGGUGUGUAAUGUUUGUGUGGCUGAAGAUUAAAAGCUGCAAACCACUGUUUUGUAGUGUAAACAAUAAAAUAAGUAAACAUAAUCAACAUGAACGUAAAACUCUGAAGAUGUGUGCGUGUGUUACAUCAUGUACUAAAAUCAAUCGUUAAUUUUUAAAAGUAAAAAAAAGCAUAUUGUUGUUGGAUGAUACUUUUUUGUUUGUUUGUCAAUUUCUUAUUCAGUUUUGUAUAAGAAGCUCACAGCGCACAUGCUGAGCGUUGUUAAAUGAAUCACAAACAUAAAAGAAAACAUUUAUCGUAGUGUUGCUUCUAUGUAUUUAUUUUACAUAUUUAUUUUAUCCCAUUUCCCUUCUUCUUCUUUACGCCACAUUGUACUAAUGUUUUGUGUUUGAAAGAGCUUGAUAAAUCAAACAUUCAAAUCAAGUACUUUUGUCAUGCGAAUUGCAUACCUUGCGGAAAAGAGGGAAUAUGCAUGAUCGCUUGAUACUUCACUGGCUGUAAUGUCCCGUGUUUAGUCCCCCGACUUGUCAUUGAGUGUGCACUAUUGUGACCGUAUGUAAGUAGCGCUUUUACCCACUGUAUGUAUACUAUCUGUAUAAACAUUUUGUAUUGGUUUGGAAAAUGACGGCAACUACAUAACAAAAACAAAAAACACAAUCUCGAAUGUACAACAAACGAAAAAAAAACAGUAGCAGAGCUUAGUGCCUGCAGCAUUAAACCUGAAUGAGUACUGGCUAAGGGGGCUAAGGGGUGAAGAUUGGCCGAUGAAUUGAACGUUUUUAACCUGAUCCUGAUGUGUGAAUUGACUACAAGUACUAUCCUUCGGGCGUUGCGAUGUAUGAUCAUGAUUACACCGUUGAGCGCGUUACUAAAAGGCAACUAAGACCGUAACGUGCUUCCCGAGUGUGCUGUGCUGACCAAAACAGGUUUGAAAAGAUUAUGAAAAGGAUAGCUUGGUACGGGAUACAAAUGGCAUUUACAUGUUCAUAUUUUAAUCGCAUCAAAUGCAUAACUACGUACCAGAUGCAAAACAACCCGGAUUGGAUUAUCAUAUUCGAGCCAGUUAUUUAAAGUAAACCAAAAAACAGAAUACAUAGAUAUAUAUAUAUAUAUACUAUACAUACAGACGCAUAAAUAAAGAAGAAAAAAACCUAUAUCGAAUGCUGUUAGCUGAUGAAGGGAACGACAAGCCGGAUGGUUAGAAGCACAAGGAACAACGAAAUCGAACACUAUCAUCAAACAAAUAGUGUGUCCAUAAAUAUAGACUUUAGACUGAUCGCCGUCACGGAGAUGAACCGAGCCGAGCCAGGCGCGCGCGCGUAUGUGUCGAUGUUCUCACACAAAAGAAUAUUCUACAAAAAAGGGGCUCCGUUUUCGUUAGAUAAUUGGGUGGUGGUGACGCAAGGCAUGAUUAACCAUGGUAUCAUUUUGCAGCUAAACAAACAUAAAGAAUGUACUUCGUACAAUAAUAAUAAAAUAAUAAUAAUAUUAACAACUGCACAGCGGGAUAGCUAAACAACGGUGCCAACCGUACACCGAAGCUGGCACGGAAUGUGGGGUAAUAACAGACAGCUUUACAGGCGCUAGUACUUGAAAAGUAGUGGAAUAUGGGAUUUGAAGGAAGUGGACUGCAGCUAGAAAUAACACUACACUAAGCAUACGAUGCACAAGAAACUUGUGACUAUGUACGUGUGGGAGUGUGUGUGUGUGUGUGU